AUGUUAGUCAUCACAUCUGUCGUGGGCUCGCGGUUCCAACCAAUCACGAGUCUGCGUACGCGCACAUCUGCUGCACGAGCAGUCCGAUGCGAGGACGAAACGAUCGGACCGAUAUUUAUGAAGGAACCCCCAAACCGAGUGGAUUUCAGUAACACGACUGGUGCCGUAGUGGAAUGUGCCGCAAGAGGAUCCCCCCCUCCCGAUGUCAUUUGGGUACGAGCUGAUGGCACCGCUGUUGGUGACGUUCCUGGAUUGCGACAGGUCUUACCGAAUGGCAACCUUGUUUUCCCACCUUUCCGUGCUGAAGAUUACCGUCAGGAAGUUCAUGCCCAGGUCUACGCUUGCCUUGCUAGAAACCCAGUUGGUACAAUUCACUCUAGGGACGUUAACGUUCGCGCCGUGGUCGCUCAGAAUUAUGAUACCGAUGUGAAUAAGGAGUACGUGAUAAUGGGAAAUAGUAUCAUUUUGAAAUGUCAAGUUCCUUCAUUCGUCGCCGAUUUCGUUGAGGUUCUAUCUUGGCACACUGAUGAAAAGGAAGAUUUUUACCCUGGCGAAAAUUACGUCGUUCAGCAGCAGUAUGAAUCUGAAGUAAACAAUGAGUAUGUUAUCCGUGGAAACUCGGCUAUACUCAAAUGUUCAAUACCUUCCUUUGUCGCUGAUUUUGUCAGUGUUAUUUCGUGGCACGAUGAACAGGAAAAUUCGUUCACGAUAAAUGGAACAAAAGAAGGAGACGUCGUGACUCAAUAUUUUGAGGCCGAAGUUGUCUCCGAGUAUGUCAUACGCGGAAAUACAGCUGUUCUUAAAUGUAACAUCCCGUCCUUCGUCUCUGAUUUUGUGAAAGUAGAAGCUUGGGUCGACUCUGACAAGAAUGAAUAUUUAAUGACCGAUGAUAUCGUCGUUAAUCAAUUUUAUGAAGCCGAAAUUUUAAAGGAAUAUGUAAUUCGUGGAAAUGCGGCGGUUUUAAAAUGUUCAAUACCAUCGUUUGUCGCCGAUUUUGUUAAAGUUGAGGAUUGGAUUGACGAAGAGGGAACAGUAAUUAGCCAUUCCGACAACCUCGUGGUGUCACAGUAUUACGUGACUGAAGCCGAAAAUGAGUACGUGAUUAGAGGGAACGCUGCCAUUGUUCACUGCAAGAUCCCAUCGUUUGUUAGCGACUUUGUGUAUGUGGAGUCCUGGAUAUUAGACGAAGGCCAAAUAUUAACUAAAAAUAACACUAAUUUUCAAGAUGUUGUAUCACAGCCAUAUGAAGCUGAAGCAGACAACGAAUAUGUUAUCCGCGGCAAUGCGGCUAUAAUGAAAUGCGAAGUCCCAAGUUUUGUCUCCGAUUUCGUUUUUGUUGAAAUGUGGAUGGACAGUGAGGGUGGUACUUAUUUUCCCGGAAAUAAUGAGGCUGUUUUGCAAGAGUAUGAGGCGAGAGUAAACGAUGAAUUUGUUUUGAGAGGCAACACGGCGAUUUUAAAAUGCAUUGUUCCAUCCUUUGUGGCUGACUUCGUUCACGUAGUAUCUUGGAGUAUGGAUAAUGAAACUGUAACUGCUGAUGAAAAUCUCGAUGAUAUUUCUGUCGUCCAUCAGAAUUACGAACCUCGAGUUACCGAUGAAGAUGUUUUAAGAGGGAAUGCUGCGAUAGUAAAGUGUCUGAUACCAUCAUUUGUAUCGGAUUAUGUGCAAGUUAUAGAAUGGGUGACAGACGACGAGUCGCUCUCUGCAUUUUCACUAAAUGACUCUGCAGGCAAUUACGCUGUCAAUCAGUUCUACGAAUCUCAGGUUUACGAUAUCUAUGUGAUUCGCGGUAAUGCUGCUGUGUUUAAAUGCCACCUCCCAUCAUUUGUUUCCGAUCAUGUGCAUGUAAUUUCUUGGCACGAUUCCGAGGGUGGAGAGUUUCUAAAGAAUGAGGAUUACGUUGUAUCCCAGGUGUACACAGUAAAUCUUGUAGAGGAAAAUGUCUUGCGAGGAAAUGCCGCCAUAUUCAAGUGUCUUAUUCCAAGUUUUGUCACUGAAUACGUUCAAGUAUCUUCUUGGAUAAUAUCAGAGGGGGACGAUGAGACUGAAAUACAAUUGAACGAUGCCAGUAUUAACCGAGAGGUUGUAUCUCAAGCUUAUACGGUCAAUAUAUUGGAAGAGAGUGUACUUCGCGGCAACGCGGCUAUCCUUAAAUGUCACAUUUCUACCUUCGUAACAGAGUAUGUUAGCGUUUCCUCUUGGAUAAUUUCUGAGGGUGACAUUGAAGAAGUAGAAAUACAACAGGCAGAUUCUCAGGAUUUGGAAGCUAUCCUCAACCAUAUUUGUACACUUUCAGUUGUUUCUCAAUCUUACACCGUCAAUCUUUGGGAGGAAAACGUCUUAAGAGGCAACUCUGCUAUACUGAAAUGUCAUAUCCCCAGUUUUGUGACUGAAUAUGUAACUGUUACUUCUUGGAUUAUAUCCGAAAGAGAUAACGACGAACUAGAUAUUAAUAUAGAUUCCGAUUCAAGUUUAGUCGUUUCCCAGGCCUAUGAUGUUAAGUUUUGGGAAGAAUACGUCUUACGUGGUAACGCUGCUGUGUUAAAAUGUCAAAUUCCUAGCUAUGUUUCUGAAUACGUAUCAGUUGUGUCUUGGAUAGUAUCGGAAGAUGAUAAUGAUCAAGAAGUGAAAAUUAAUGAGACUUCAGACUUAGUUGUCUCACAAGCAUAUGCCGUUAAUUUAAUGGAAGAGUAUGUAUUGCGAGGAAAUUCAGCUAUUUUGAAAUGCCACAUCCCUAGCUUUGUUUCGGAGUAUGUGAGUGUCAUCUCAUGGAUUAUUAGUGAAGGAGAUGAAAUCGAUGAGAUCAAUCUCGAUAGUGCUCAAAAUUCAUAUGAGGGUAAAUACUUGGUCCUACCAUCUGGAGAAUUGCAUAUUCGUGAUGUAGGACCCGAAGAUGGCUAUAAAUCAUACCAAUGUAGAACAAAGCAUAGACUUACUGGAGAGACUCGUUUAUCAGCCACAAAGGGACGUUUAGUUAUCACCGAGCCAAUAGGGCGCGUGCCACCCAAAUUCUCCUCAAGCCAAGUGGGUGCGAUGUUUAUAGCCACAAUGGAUACACCAUUCUCAUUGCAGUGCCCGGCCCAAGCGUUCCCUGUCCCCGUAUUCAGAACCAGUUGGACGUGUUCCGCCAAAAUUCGCUUCUGUUGUCAUGGGAACCAUGAUCGGUGUCAAGAAAACCGAUUCUUUCGCUUUGCAAUGUCCUGCACAAGCAUUUCCUGUACCAGUAUUCAGAACCGAUUACCACAAAGCCACCCGUAUUUUCAAGCGAUGAUAAAUUCGCAUGGUUUCUCAAUAGAGCGUUUGGUCAAACGUUUGCAUUAUUGUGUCGGGCUCAGGGAUAUCCUAUACCAGUAUUCAGAACCUAUUGGAUUUAAAUCCCCCACAUUCUCUAAUGACGUUCAGUUUUCUGGAAUAACACGUAGAACAAGCCAAGACUUUGCCCUGUUAUGUCAAGCUCAAGCAUUCCCCGUCCCAAUAUUCAGGCUCAAGCCCACCCUUCUCCCAUUUUCAAAACCGACGAAUAAAAUUGCUCCUCGAAGUGAUAAAAGCCGAAAGUUCGAAGGCGGUGAAAUUUUUGUUGUCUCCUUAGAGAGUUCAGUUUAUCUUACAUGUGAAGUAGCGGGGUAUCCUCCACCAAUAUUUCGUUCGACGAUAGUUCAGUAUCCGAUGGUCAUUCAAAUUUCGAUUGCAGAACCAACUAAUAAAAUUGCACCUAGAAAAGAUUCCGCUCAAAACUUCGAGGGCUGGGAGGUAUUUCUAGUGGGACAAAACGAUGUAGCGUAUUUAAAAUGUCAAGUUGCCGCGUACCCCGCCCCGUUGUUUAGGACGAGGCCGAAAGUAACGGGAGACGGACUUAACCGUCAAGUGGGGCGGGGUAACGAGAAUCUCGCUUUACUGUGCGAGGUUCAAGCAUACCCGGCGCCUUUGACGAGAUGGUAUAAAUUCAUUGAGGGAUCGGCGAGAAAGCAACCAGUCGUGUUGAAUGACAGAGUAAAACAAGUUUCUGGAACUCUUAUUAUCAAGGAGGCUAAAGUUGAUGAUUCUGGCAAAUAUCUGUGUGUUGUGAACAAUUCUGUUGGUGGUGAAUCGGUCGAAACUGUCUUAACUGUAACUGCACCAUUAAAAACAGCAGUAGAGCCGGCAACACAGACGGUAGACUUUGGUCGACCAGCGGUAUUCACUUGCAGAUAUGAAGGAAAUCCCAUUAAGACUAUCACCUGGUUGAAAGAUGGCAAAGACAUGAACCACCAUGACCACGUAUUAAGAAUCGAAUCAGUCAAGAAAGAAGAUAAGGGAAUGUACCAGUGCUUCAUCAGAAAUGACCAAGAAAGUGCCGGAGCUAGCGCCGAAUUGAAAUUAGGAGGACGAUUUGAACCACCACAGAUUAGACACAGCUUCUCAGAACAAACUCUACGCUCCGGUCCAUCUCUAAGGUUAAAAUGUGUCGCAUCUGGCAACCCUACACCUGACAUCGCAUGGCAACUCGAUGGAGACAAACUGAACAGCGGCGAAAGACUGCAAAUCGGGCAAUUUGUAACUGCCGAUGGAAAUGUUGAAUCCCACUUAAAUAUCUCGUCUGUGCACACCAACGAUGGAGGACUGUACUCUUGUAUCGCGUCAAGCAAGGUUGGCAGCGCAUCCCACUCAUCGCGCGUAAACGUUUACGGACUGCCUUACGUACGGCCAAUGAAGAAACGCCCAGUUGUCGCCGGAGACACGCUCAUCGCUCACUGCCCAGUUGCUGGAUAUCCUAUUGACUCUAUUGUAUGGGAACGUGAUGGACGUGUUCUACCAAUCAACCGCAAACAGAAGGUGUUCCCUAACGGCACGUUGGUUAUUGAAAACGUAGAACGAAUGAGCGACCAGGCCACUUACACAUGCGUUGCUAAGAACUCUCAAGGAUACAGCGCAAGGGGGCAACUCGAAUUACAAGUCAUGGUUCCCCCACAAAUCUUGCCUUUCGAAUUUGGCGACGAACCGGCUAACGCUGGAGAUAUGGCGUCUAUUUCCUGCGCAGUUAGCAAGGGUGACCAGCCGCUCAAUAUCUCCUGGAUUUUUAAUGGACAAAUCAUAUUCCGACACAAUGAUUUGGGAAUAGUUCUUACCAACAUUAACAAAAAGACAUCGAUCCUUAACAUUGAUUCCGUUAAUGGAAGCCACAGAGGCACAUACUAUUGCGUGGCAACGAACCCAGCUGGCUCCGUUAAUCACAGCGCCAUACUCGAAGUUAAUGUCCCGCCUCAAAUCACACCUUUCGAAUUCGGAGAGGAGGUACUAAAUGAAGGUGAAACGGCCUCCGUGUCGUGUGUGAUGAGCAAGGGAGAUCUGCCUGUGACAUUUAAAUGGCGUUUCAACGGUGAUAUUAUAAAUUCCCACAACAAUCUCGGCAUCAUUCUCACUACAAUCAGCAAGAAAACAUCCAUUCUAAACAUCGAAGCCGUGACCGCCGUCCAUCGCGGCUCGUACACUUGUGAAAUCCGAAACGAGGCAGGACAAACAAACCAUACCACUGUCCUUAGUGUUAAUGUACCUCCCCAAAUCUUGCCCUUUGAGUUCGGCGAUGAACCCGCAAACGCAGGCGACACGGCAUCGGUUCAGUGCGUGAUGAAUAAGGGCGAUCUGCCCGCGAACUUUUCCUGGAGCUUAAAUGGAAAACUGAUAUCUCGCGCGAAUAGUCUGGGAAUCGCAAUAGGAAGCAUGAGUCGAAAAAUGUCUAUCCUCAACAUUGACUCUGUGAAUGGAACGCACCGUGGCGUGUACGCAUGUCACGUAGAGAAUCUAGCCGGACACGUCAAUCAUAGCGCGACGCUAGAAGUCAACGUUUUACCUCAAAUCCAUCCCUUCACGUUCGGUGACGAGCCUGCUAACGCGGGUGACACAGUCGGCAUCCAGUGUAUGGUGACGAAAGGUGAUAGGCCAAUUAAUAUCACUUGGCACUUAAACGGGAAGCCGAUGAAUGAUAUCCCAGGAGUAACAAUCACUAAAAUUGGCCACAAAUCUAGUAGUUUAUCAAUAGACGCAGUUUCCUUCAUACAUACAGGGGUGUACACUUGUUUUGCCUCAAAUCAAGCUGGCCACGCUAAUAUUUCUACAGACCUGGUAGUUAAUGUUGCACCACAGGUUACACCAUUCGAUUUCGGCGAGGAAAUCCUUAACGCUGGCGAUACGGUGUCCCUUACGUGUACUGUAGGAAAGGGUGACCUGCCAUUAAAAAUUCACUGGCAGCUUAACGACGAAAUACUAAACUCGGGGAAUGGUAUUUUCAUCAAUAGAAAUGGGAAGAGAAUAUCGGUCCUUAGCAUUGAGAAUGUUCAGCAUGAACAUAUUGGAAACUAUACGUGUAUAGCUGAAAAUGAAGCGGGUUCCAGUAGUCACAGUGCACUUCUCAACGUUAACGUUACGCCACAAGUAAUGCCUUUCGAUUUCGGAUCCGAUCCUGCUAACGAUCAAGAAAUGGUUGUUGUCAUAUGUACCGUAACCAAGGGUGAUCUUCCACUUGUCAUUCAAUGGUAUUUUAAUGGAAAACCUCUCAAGUCUGAAACAAAUGGCGUAUUACUAACGAACUCCAGGCGUACAAGUCAGCUUGCAAUUGAAUCUGUAACUCAUCACAAUCAAGGAAAUUACACGUGUUUUGUCAAAAACCAAGCAGGGAGCGUAAACCAUACAGCUGAACUUUACGUCAACGUCCCGCCACAGAUAAUUCCUUUCGAAUUCGGUGAAGACACAGUGAAUGCCCAGGAAAUGGUGUUAGUCACAUGUACGGUUAGCAAAGGCGAUUUACCUUUAUUGAUAGAAUGGUAUUUCAAUGGAAAUAAAGUUAAAUCGGGUGACAUCGGAGUUACUUUAUUGAAUACGAAACGAACAAGCCAACUCAGUAUUGAAUCUGUAACUCACCAAAACCAAGGCCAUUAUACGUGCGUAGUCAGAAAUCAAGCUGGUGCUCUGAACCACACUUCUCAACUGUUUGUCAACGUGGCACCUAUCAUAACGCCUUUUGAUUUCGAUGAAUCAGUAUUUUUCGGUGAAGGAGUACAAGUUACUUGUCACGUACCAAAAGGAGAUACGCCUUUAAAUUUCAAGUGGAGUUUUAGCGAGGGAGAUGUGAGUUCUCUAUCAGGGAUAAACAUAAUAAAUGCCGGGGACAGGGGUUCAGUUCUCAUUGUAGGUGCAGUUACAGCUAAACAUUCUGGCAAUUACACAUGCACAGCCUCUAAUACAGUCGCCAAGGCUAGCCAUCACGCAACGCUCAAUGUCAAGGUGGCACCGAUCAUAUCUCCUUUCGAAUUUGAUGAAGCUGUAUUCUAUGGUGAAAGUAUUCAAGUCAUGUGUCAAACUACAAAGGGUGAUACUCCCAUAAUUUUUACCUGGUCAUUCGGAUCUCGGCCCCUGCAGAAAAAUGAUGCCGUCAUAAUAACAAAAGUAGGCGCCAGAAGUUCUAUUUUAGCUAUCCCUUCGGUCACGGAAAAACAUAGCGGAAAUUAUACUUGCACUGCUUCCAAUAUUGUUGCAAACACAAACUACACUGCUGCACUACACGUUCAGGUUCCUCCACAUAUCGUUCCGUUCGAGGCUGAGGAGCCAGUUUUUGCCGGGGAGUCUGUACAGUUAAAUUGCCACGUUUCUAAAGGCGAUACACCUCUUACUAUUACAUGGAGUUUUCACGGAAAAGAACUAUCUUCUCACGAAGGAAUAACAACCACGAAGAUCGGCCAAAGAACGUCGUUACUAACGAUAUCUAGUGCUAUGGCUGGUCACAGUGGCGAAUAUUCGUGUCACGCCGCGAACCACGCUGGCCUUGCUCUACACUCAACUUCCGUCAAUGUUCAUGUAUUACCAUACAUCGUGCCCUUUGAAGCGGAUGAAUCAGUAUUCGCCGGUGAAUCGGUUCAACUCAACUGUCACGUUUCAAAGGGCGACUUACCCCUUGACAUCAAAUGGCAUUUUCAUGGAUUUGAAAAUUCAUCUUCACAUUUCGGGAUUAUGACAACGAAAAUGACUUCGCGAACUUCUUUUCUUUCUAUUGCUACGGCUAGCGCAAGCCACAGUGGCAAUUAUACCUGCGUAGCUACCAAUAGCGCUGGCUCCACUAACUACUCCACUGUCCUUAAUGUUCAUGUUACACCAAACAUUUUACCAUUUGACGUCGAUCAAGCCUUGUUUUCUGGGGAGUCCGUUCAGAUGAUGUGUCAUAUAUCAAAAGGAGACACGCCUCUCGAAAUUGGGUGGCAAUUCAAUGGAAGAGAACUGUCUCAAGAUCUAGGAACUUUUUCUAAAGUAGGAGACCGAUCAUCCGUCCUAGUACUACCAUCAGUUAUAGGAUCCCAUAGUGGGAACUAUAGCUGUAUAGCCAAAAACCGUGCUGGAACUACUUCGUACACUACCGUCCUUAAAGUUAUUGUGGUUCCGUAUAUCAUUCCCUUCGAAGUCGAAGAAUCAAUAUUCGCUGGAGAGUCGGUACACAUAACUUGUCAUGUAUCAAAAGGGGAUCGUCCACUUCAAAUAUCGUGGAGCUUUCAAGGGACCGAAAUUCCCUACCAUAAUAAUAUGGGUAUAACGACAACUAAACUAGGAGAAAAGGCAUCCGUUCUAAGCAUUCCUACAGCAAUGGGACAACAUAGUGGCAACUAUACUUGUACGGCAAGCAAUCGGGCCGGCCGCGCACAUCAUUCUGCCGUCGUCAACAUUCAUGUUCCACCCCAUAUAAUGCCAUUCGAGGUCGAAGAAUCAGUUUACUUUGGCGAAUCAGUCCAGAUGACAUGCCAUGCUAGUAAAGGAGAUCGACCAAUGUCUAUUUCAUGGACUUUUGAGGGCCAAGAUCUCUCAACACACUCAGGGAUAAAAACCAUGAAGAUGGCAGAACAGACUUCCUUCUUGUCGAUUGCUUCUGUCACCGGGGCCCAUACCGGCAAUUAUACUUGUAUCGCUAAAAAUAGAGCUGGUGAAGAUAGAUACUCCACGUCUCUUCACGUUAAGGUUCCUCCCGUGGUCCAACCAUUUUCAUUCGGAGAGGUCGCUCUCAACUCCGGUCAAGUGGUAACAGCAGCUUGUUCGGUUAUUGAAGGAGAUCACCCACUACAUUUACGUUGGCUUUUUGAUAAUGAACCGAUCAAACCUAGAUCAGGUGUUACGGUUUUUAAUAUUGGAGAAAGAAGCGCAAUUUUAAGUAUCGGUGCAGUAGCCCAUAGUCAUGCAGGCAAUUACACGUGCGUCGCAGAAAAUGAAGCAGGAUUUGAUUCGCACUCUUCAACUUUAAUUAUUAACGUACCUCCUAACAUAAUACCAUUCUCUUUCGGCGAAAAACCCGCAAACGUGGGUGAAUAUUUGCAAGCAGCGUGUACUGUUAAUUUUGGAGAUUUUCCAUUAACAAUAACGUGGACAUUUAAUGGACAAUUAGUAUCGCAAAGAAACAAUAAUUACUUACUGUCGAAUUCUAAACGUAGUAGCUUACUAAUAAUCGAAUCGGUUGACGCCAAACACGCUGGUUCUUAUACAUGCGUUGGAGAAAAUCGUGCGGGACGAACGACACAUUCUACUGACUUAGUCGUUUACGUUCCUCCAAAGAUAGCACCUUUUUCUUUUGGGCCAGAACCGGCUUUCCUGGGAGAUUAUUUUGCAUUGCAAUGCAUAAUCACCCACGGUGAUCAACCCGUAAAAAUAGAAUGGACUCUUAAUAAUCAGUCGGCUAGAAUAAUUCCUGGUGUUCGAAUUAGCAACAAUGACCGAAGAAGUAGUGUACUUACUAUAGAAUCUAUAGCUGCAUCACACGCGGGGUUAUAUAAUUGUACGGCCACCAACGCCGGUGGUGUCGUUUCACACACAACAGAACUUGUUGUAAGGGUACCACCGUUGAUAGUGCCGUUUACGUUCGGAGAUAUCCCGUCGAAUCCUGGUGACGCUGUGGUCGUCAAUUGUGUCGCGACGAAAGGAGAUAUGCCUCUCGAAAUAUCAUGGACGUUUAGCAGCGAAACAAUAGAUUCCAAUAUGCACCGAGACAUCACGACGACGCCGUUGGGUCCCCGUGCUUCUGUACUCACUAUAAAUUCUGUGAGCGCAAAUCAUCAGGGGAACUACACUUGUAUCGUUCAAAACGCCGCUGGACGUGUUGAGCACGCGGCAACCCUCGUCGUUAAUGUUCUACCCCGCAUUGUUCCGUUUUCGUUUGAAUCUCCACUAUACGCGGGCCAAGCGACUCAAUUGACCUGCCUAAUUUCGGAAGGCGAUCUUCCCCUAGACAUUCAGUGGUACUUUGAAGGGCGGCCUUUAAAAGAAAUAGCCGAAGUCUCAGCAACUAAAAUAGCAAAAAGGGCAUCGCUACUUCUAAUUGACCCAGCAGGGUGGUCAAAUAGUGGCACUUAUACAUGUGUUGUCCGCAAUCCUGCGGGCUCUUCCAACUAUUCUGCCUCGUUAGAAGUACAUGUUCCUCCUCGUUGGAUUUUGGAACCCACUGACAAAGCUUUUGCUCAAGGUUCAGAUGCUAAAGUUGAAUGUAAAGCCGAUGGCUUCCCUAAGCCCCAAGUCACAUGGAAGAGGGCUGAAGGUGACACGCCAGGCGAUUACAAAGACCUUAAACCAAACAACCCAAAUGUUAAAGUCGAGGAUGGAACAUUGGCCAUUACUAAUAUUCAAAAGACAAACGAGGGCUAUUACCUGUGUGAGGCUGUUAACGGAAUCGGAUCUGGAUUGUCUGCCGUCAUUUUGAUCAGCGUUCAGGCUCCACCACAAUUCGAAAUUAAAAUGAGAAACCAGACUGCUCGCCGAAGUGAACCCGCUGUACUUCAGUGCCAGGCUAAGGGUGAAAAGCCAAUUGGAAUCAUCUGGAACAUGAACAACAAACGUCUUGAGCCCAAAUCUGACCCACGAUACACGAUCCGCGAGGAAAUCUUGCCCGGUGGAGUUGUUUCCGACUUGAGUAUCAGACGUACUGAACGAUCCGACAGCGCUCUCUUCACCUGUGUUGCAACCAACGCUUUCGGCUCUGACGAUACCAGCAUUAAUAUGAUUAUUCAAGAGGUACCCGAAGCCCCCUAUGGUUUAAAGGUAUUGGACAAGUCUGGAAGAACUGUUCAAUUAUCUUGGGCCGCACCUUACGAUGGAAACUCUCCGAUCAAGAAGUUCCUCAUUGAAUACAAACGCGCUAAGGGCAACUGGGAAAAGGAUAUUGACAGAGUACUCGUCCCAGGAGACGCAACAGAAGCCGGUGUAUUCAGUCUCCGUCCCGCCACAGCUUACCACAUUCGUAUCGUUGCUGAAAAUGAACUUGGAACCUCUGAACCAUCCGAAACAGUUACCAUUAUCACGGCUGAAGAAGCUCCCACUGGAAUGCCACAAGACGUCAAAGUCGAUGCUGCUGAUAAGCACACCCUUAGAGUUACAUGGAAACCACCCCCACCUCAGGACUGGAAUGGCGAACUUCAAGGGUACUACGUUGGUUACAAACUGGCAUCAAGCAACAAGUCAUUCGUGUUCGAAACCGUCGAUAUCUCAAAGGAAUCUGGCAAGGAACACCAUCUCGAUAUUCUUAACCUCAAGACCUACACUCAAUACGCGAUCGUGGUUCAAGUGUUUAACAAGAUGGGUUCAGGUCCCGUAUCGAACGAAGUCCGAGCCUACACAGCCGAAGGAGCUCCCUCUGCCCCACCUCAAGACGUCCUCUGCACCACGUUGACUGCUCAAACUAUUCGCGUAUCUUGGGUAUCUCCACCUCUCGCCGCCGCUAACGGACUCAUCAAGGCAUACAAGGUUAUCUACGGACCCAGCGAAACUUGGUAUGAUGAAAAAACAAAGGACACAAAGAUCACGGCCAGCAGUGAAACAAUCCUACACGGUCUCAAGAAAUUCACAAACUACUCAAUGGAAGUGUUAGCUACUACUAACGGCGGAGAUGGCGUCCGAGCAGCACCUAUUCAUUGUCAGACUGAACAAGAUGUACCUGAAGCCCCCCGUGCCGUAAAAGCUUUAGUGAUGGGAGCUGAUUCGAUCCUUGUGUCAUGGAGACCGCCCGCGCAGCCCAAUGGAGUCGUCACUCACUACAACGUGUACACUCAAGCACAGAACGCUGAACCUCACCCUAACAAGGUCCCCGCAUCACAAACUAGCUACUCCGCGACAGAACUGAAGGCCGGCCGCUACGACUUCUGGGUAACAGCUUCCACCAUCAUCGGCGAAGGUCAACCCUCAGCCACCGCAUCUUGCAGCGCCAGCGAUAAAGUACCUGCCAAAAUUGCGUCAUUCGACGAAUCAUUCACCGCUACUUACAAGGAAGAUGUUAAACUGCCCUGUCUUGCUGUCGGAGUUCCACCUCCUAACAUUCUGUGGAAGGUCAAAGGUCACCCAUUAGAGCCAUCAGAACGCGUUCGUCAGCUUCCCGAAGGAUCUCUGCAAAUCGCUGGUGUAGCAAGGGAAGAUGCCGGAGAAUACUCCUGCCAUGUUGAGAAUCAAUUCGGAACUGACACUGUUACUCAUACGUUAUCUGUACUCGCUCCUCCCUUCCCUCCUCAAUUGAGCAUCGCAUCUUCUUCGGUAUCGUCUCUGACUCUGCGCCUGAAGCCUCCGGUAGACGCUGACCAAUCACACGCAGCUGGCUACACCAUCCACUACAAACAAGAGUUCGGAGAUUGGGAAACUGUUCAGAUUCCUAGCAACACUGACACCUACACUUUGGAAAACCUAUUCUGCGGAUCCAGAUAUCAACUUUACGUUACUUCUUACAACGGCAUUGGAACAGGCGAAGCAUCCGACGUGGUCAUCGCCCGUACUCGUGGAUCCAAACCCCCCGUACCACGUGCCGCUGACUUCAUCGAAGUGGGAAGUUCCUCUGUCACCCUUCACCUCAAGCAAUGGCUGGAUGGAGGCUGCCCCAUGAGCCACUUCGUCGUUGAAAAUAAGAAAAAAGGAGCUGCUGAGUGGAACCAGAUCUCGAAUGCUGUAAAACCUGGUGGUAACUUUGUAGUACUGGACCUGGAACCCGCAACUUGGUACGUUUUAAGGAUCACCGCACACAACAACGCUGGAUUUAACGUCGCAGAAUAUGAAUUCGCUACCCUCACUAUGACUGGUGGUACAAUCGCACCAAUCCGCGAAGCCGGGGACACGUCACUGACGCCCGAACAGACGCUCAAGAUUAUCCUCUCGCAUCUGAACCUUAUCGUGCCCGUAAUCGCCGCGAUUUUAGUCAUUAUCAUUGCGAUCGUCGUCGUGUGCGUUGUUAAAGGCGCGAGGGACCAUCACCACAAAGAUGAUGCGGUAUACAACGCAUCCCAAGCUGCAUUAGGCGGUGGCGCCGGAACCUUGGACAAGCGUGGCGGACUUCGUGAUGAAUUAGGAUACAUCGCACCCCCCAACAGGAAACUUCCCCCCGUACCAGGAUCUAACUACAACACAUGCGACCGUGUUAAGCGACAGGCUGUUAUUAUGGGUGCUCAUUCGACGUGGGAUCCGCGAAGACAUCACUAUGAGCGCAUUCGACGCACGCGUCUACGCAGGACUGGAUCUGGUGAUACAAUAUCAACCGGCAUGGAAGACGAAAUCUGCCCCUACGCAACGUUCCACUUACUAGGCUUCCGUGAGGAAAUGGACCCCAGCAAGGCUAUCGCGUUCCCCCACCACCACCCGUCCCACGCUGGCACUUUGGCCCACCCACACCCACACCCACACCAUCCAGCACACUCACGCGCAGGAUCUCAGAGCAUGCCCCGUGCUAACAGUCGCUACGCCCGCAAGAACUCUCAAGGAGGACAAAGUGCUAUCUACUCGACCGCUCCCGAAUACGAUGACCCUGCCACUUGCGCUGAAGAGGACCAAUACCGUGCCCGCUACUCACGUCCGAUGUACGCAUGCGGCCCCGAGUACGACGAGCCCGCUUGUUGCCAACCCGAAGACGAACAGUACACUGGCGCUUACGGAACUCCCUACUCUGACCACUACGGAUCCCGACCCAGCAUUGGUACCCGCAAAUGCGGCGGAUCUCCCGAGCCUCCCCCACCCCCACCCCGCAACGCGAACAACGACAACAACUGCUCUUCCUCCUUCAACGAAAGCAAGGACUCCAACGAAAUCUCUGAAGCCGAAUGCGACCAGCCACGGAACUUCCCUGUCAGGGCUCACACUGCCAAGGACGGCUUGCACACCGAGGAAAUGAGAAAACUCAUUGACAGACCAGAAGCAAACACCCCAAUCCCCCAGCAAGCAGUCCACGGGCGGGGACUCACAGCCUACGAUACUGUGGCAGUGUAA